AUGGUCAACAAUAGCCACUUUGGUGGAUUUAUACUCCUUGGAUUCCCAGGGCAGCCACAGCUGGAGAUGAUCAUCUCUGGGGUUGUCUUUCUCUUCUACACCAUUGCCUUGAUGGGAAAUAUGGCCAUCAUCCUGCUGCCGUUACUGGAUGAACGUCUCCAGACCCCCAUGUACUUCUUCCUUAGGAAUUUGGCCAUCUUGGAUCUCUGUUAUAUCACAAAUAUAGUCCCACAGAUGUUGGUCAAUGUCUGGGGCAAAGACAAAAAAAUCUCUUUUGGUGGCUGUGCCUUUCAACUUUUCACUGAUGUGACACUAUGCACAGUCGAAUGUAUGCUUCUGGCUGUGAUGUCUUAUGACCGAUUCAAUGCUGUCUGCAAGCCUCUGCACUACAUGACCAUUAUGAACCCCCAACUCUGUCGAACCCUGGUGGCCAUGACCUGGGGAGUUGGUGUUACUAAUUGCAUGAUGCUUUCACCCUAUGCCAUGAGUCUUCCCCGAUGUGGGAACCACCAUUUGGAUCACUAUUUUUGUGAAAUAUCUGCAAUGGUGAAGAUUGCAUGUGUGGACACCACAGCCAUGGAGGAAACCUUAUUUGCAUUAUGUUUUUUUAUUUUCCUCACACCACUCCUUCUCAUUCUAGUUUCUUAUGGCUUCAUUGCUAUAGCUGUGUUGAAGAUCAAAUCUGCAGCAGGGAGACAGAAAGCAUUUGGGACCUGUUCCUCCCACCUCAUUGUGGUGUCCAUCUUCUAUGGGACUGUUAUCUACAUGUACAUCCAGCCAGGAAACAGUCCAUCUCAGGAUGAAGGUAAACUUCUCAGUAUCUUUUAUUCCAUUGUUACUCCCAGCUUGAACCCCCUGAUCUACACACUAAGGAAUAAGGAGUUCAAGGGGGCCAUGAAGAGGCUGAUUGGAAAAGAAAAACAUUCCUUGGAAACAACAGGACACUAAUAUCUUUUUAUGAGAAGUUUCCAAUUAAGAAAUUGGUCCUGUGUAACAUACAAAUCAUUGCCAAAUUAUUUUAGUAGUACUCAUCACCUAAAAGUGAAAAUUAUACCUACAUUUUAGCAUCAAUGUCCCAAAUUACCAAGGGUUGAUUCUAAACCAAGUAUGUCUCUCAAAGUCACCAGUUAUCACCUUUGAUCAGUCAUCCCCACCUGCAGCCAGAGAGUAGGCUCUAUGGAGUCCAAGCAUUGUACUGUGAGGGGAAGGAGGGAAGACUCUACCAAACUGGACUCAAGUUAUAAUUUAUCAAAUAUCUUUAAAUUAUCAUGACACUUUAACAAAAA